AGUUCGAGUCUCACUCCAUUAUUGAAUAAUCAAUACCGCCGCCGCCUUCCACCGCCGGCGCCAUGGCCGCCACCAAGGAAGUUCUCACCGAUCUCUCCCCCGUCAUCAAGCUUUACACCGACGGCACCGUCGACCGGCUCAUGUCCUCUCCCUACGUCCCUCCGUCGCCGUUGCCGGACGACUCCGCCACCGGUGUCUCCACCAGAGACGCCGUCAUCUCCCCCACCGUCUCCGCCAGACUUCACCUCCCAAAACUCGCCGCCGGCCAGAAGCUCCCCAUCCUCGUUUACUACCAUGCCGGCGGAUUCUGCAUCGGCUCCGCCUUCUCUCUCCUCGAUCACCGGUACAUGAACACCAUCUCCGCCGCCGCCGCCGCCCUCGCCGUCUCCGUCGACUACCGCCUCGCGCCGGAGCACCCCCUCCCGGCGGCGUACGACGACGCCUGGGAUGCCCUCAACUGGGUCUGCUCCCACGCCGUCGCCGUCGCCGGCAGCGGCCAUCCCAAAUCCCAAAACACAGACCAAUGGAUCUCCGACCACGGCGACUUCUCCCGUCUGUUCAUCGCCGGCGACAGCGCCGGCGGAAACAUCGCCCACCACAUGGCCCUCCGCGCCGGCUCCGAUUCUCUGCCGGGAAACGUCAAAAUCCGCGGCGCAAUUUUAUCGCAUCCGUACUUUCUGAUGAAUUCGGAAUCGGAGGAGAAUUGGAAGCUGAGGUUUCUGGAAAGGAUGUGGCGGAUGGUUUGGCCGGCGGCGGGCGGCGGAAUUGACAGUCCGAUGAUUAACCCGGUUGCAGAUGGGGCUCCGGAUUUGUCCGGGUUGGGGUGCUCCAGGAUCCAGAUUUGUGUGUCGGAGAAGGACGCGCUAAGGGAUGGGGGGAUUACGUACGCUGAGAAAGUGAAGAGCAGUGGGUGGAAAGGAGAGAUCGUGACCGUCCAAAUCGACGGUGAGGAUCACUGCUUUCAAUUGUACGAUCCUCACACUGACAAUGCCUGCAAGCUUAUCACCAAAAUCGCUUCUUUCAUUUCCAAAUUAGAAUAGGUAUUAUAAAAAACUAUUAUAAAUAUUUUUAUAUUUUCUUUUAAUUUGUAUUAUGUAUUUUGAUAUAAUACUCUCUCCGCCAUUUGACAAACUGUCAAUUUUUUUUUUUAUUUUUGUAGGUCUGAUAACAAAAUAUCUAUUUAAGUUUUUAGUAAUCGUA